CAUUUCUUCUGCCUCCGGAGGGAAAGGAACAGCCACCAAACAGCUGAAGGGUGGUCGCUACAGUUUUGCUCCGAACCACAAAGAGCUAGGAGCGGCUUCCGUGUGGACACAGGGGCCACCAGUGGACGUUGAGAAACGCGCUCGCCCAGCCGCGCCGCUGGCCCCGCUCCCCGGAGAAGCAGCUGCUGAGCCAGGAAUUCACAGACAGGCCGGGCCGCCUGCGCCAGCGGCUUUCGCAACACUUCCCCGGGCCCUGCUGACGGCAGGAGAGCUCACCAGCACGGCGCCGGCCGGCUGGCACUCCGACGGCUCCGGGUUCAGCAGCCACGUGCCGCCACGGGGGCCGGAGGGUGAGCUGUCUGUCUCCAGGGACGUGUGUCCUUUGUUCCUCAAGACUGAAGUUCGCGCUGCGCACUGACCGUCUCUGUGGGCGUGGAGGGUGCCCUGUGUCCCUGCUGGUGCGAGCGCGCUCGUCUGUAGCGUGUGACGACUGUCUUCUGGAGCAGGACGCCAGCCCCUGGCUGCAGGACCACGUCUGGAAACGAAGGGGAGGGGACGAUGGACCGGAGCCUGCGGAACGUGCUGGUGGUGGCCCUGGGGUUCCUGCUUCUCUUCACGGCCUACGGCGGCCUCCAGAGCCUGCAGAGCAGCCUGUACAGCGACGAGGGCCUGGGCGUGACGGUGCUGAGCACGCUGUACGGCGCCGUGCUGCUGUCCUCCAUGCUGCUGCCGCCGCUGCUCAUCCGGGCGCUGGGCUGCAAGUGGACCAUCGUCCUCUCCAUGGCCUGCUACGUGGCUUUCUCCCUGGGCAACUUCUACGCCAGCUGGUACACACUGAUCCCCACCUCCAUCCUGCUCGGCCUGGGCGCGGCCCCACUGUGGUCGGCUCAGUGCACCUACCUCACCAUCGCGGGGAACUCGCACGCAGCGCAGGCGGGAAAGGUGGGCCUGGACGUGGUGAACCACUAUUUCGGCAUCUUCUUCCUCAUUUUCCAGUCGUCGGGCGUGUGGGGCAACCUCAUCUCGUCCCUCGUGUUCGGCCAGAUGCCCACUCAAGGGGCCAUCCCCGAGGAGCAGCUCCUGUCCUGCGGGGCCAACGACUGCCUGAUGGCCACGGCGCCCGGCAACAGCACCCAGCGCCCGACCCAGGAGCUGAUCUACACGCUGCUGGGCAUCUACACAGGGAGUGGCGUCCUGGCCAUCCUGCUGGUCGCGCUCUUUCUCGACCCCAUCAGAGAGGCUCCGGACAAAAGUGAAGGCGAGAUGCCAUCUGUUCUGUCCACUUUGCUGUCAACAUUCAAGCUUUUCAGAGACAAACGCCUGCGUCUCCUCAUGCUGCUGCCCAUGUACAGCGGGUUCGAGCAGGCCUUCCUGGCAGGCGACUACACGAGGUCCUACACCACCUGCGCCCUCGGCAUCCACUUUGUGGGCUACGUGAUGAUCUGCUUCUCGGCCACCAACGCGCUGUGCUCCGAGCUCUACGGGAAGCUGGCGCAGUACACGGGCCGGGCCCCCCUCUACGCCCUCGGUGCGGCCACCCACCUGUCCUGCAUCAUCGCCCUCCUGCUGUGGAGGCCGCACCCCGACCAGCUGCCCGUGUUCUUCGUGUUCUCCGGCCUCUGGGGCGUGGCCGACGCCGUCUGGCAGACGCAGAACAACGUCCUCUUCGGCGCCCUGUUCGCCAAGCACAAGGAGGCCGCCUUCGCCCACUACCGCCUGUGGGAGGCCCUGGGCUUCGUGGUCGCCUUCGGCUACAGCACCUUCCUGUGCGUCCACGUCAAGCUCUACAUCCUGCUGGCCGUGCUGAGCGCCGCCAUGAUGUCCUACGUGGCCGUCGAGGUCAUGGAGUCCAGGACCCGGCCCGGGCCCCCGGCCGCGGUGACGCCAGCCGAGGCGGGAGAGACGCAGACGAAAAUGUGACAGCGCCGCGCUCCACGCGGGCAGCGACCGAGGCUGCGCAGCAGGGGCCUCGAGGCUGUUGUCCACCCUUCACAACCGUGUUAGCAGGAGGUGCCACUCGAGAGACAUAAGAGAGUUUUAUUUUUGUACGUAAAGUUUUUCUAUUCCACCAAGUGUUCGGUCCACCAUCUCUCACCAAUAAGGGUGAAGAGAGCACACAAGAAAAAUCAGUGCCUUUCAGAUGCGAGAGGAGAAGGUUUAGGGCGCGAUCGCUGACGGAACUCACUCCGAGUCCUGGACUCAGCGGCGUGGUCACUGCUGGCGUGGA